AUGGAGUCAGAAAACCAAACACUUGCAGCAGAAUUCCUCCUCCUGGGACUCUCAGAGGACCCAGACCUGCAGCCCAUCCUCUUUGCACUGUUCCUGACGAUGUACCUGGUCACCGUUGUUGGGAACCUGCUCAUCAUUCUGGCCAUCAGCUCUGACUCCCACCUCCACACCCCCAUGUACUUCUUCCUCUCCAACCUGUCCUUGGCUGACAUCKGUAGCACCUCCACCUUGGUCCCUAAGAUGCUGCUGAACAUCCAGACAGAAAGCAAAGCCAUCUCCUAUGCAGGCUGCCUCAYUCAGCUAUGCUUUUUUGUGGUUUUUGUAUGCAUGGACAAUUUACUGCUGACCGUGAUGGCCUAUGAUCGAUACGUGGCCAUCUGCCACCCCUUGCAUUACAUGGUCAUCAUGAACCCCCACCUCUGUGUCCUGUUGGUCCUGAUCUGUCUGCUCAUCAGCACUGUGGAUGCCCUGGUGCACACUCUGAUGUUGCUGCGUCUGUCUUUCUGCAAACAUCUGCAGAUCCCCCACUUCUUCUGUGAUCUGACUCAGAUCCUCAAGAUGGCCUGUUCUAAUACCCUCGUCAACAACAUUGUGGUUUAUUUAUCAACCAUGAACUUCUGGGCACUGAUAUCAGAAGAACUGCCAUCCAUCGGGCUCUUCACAAUCAGUGCACCACACUGGGGGUUCUCCAGGUGGAGUUCCUGGGCCAGCAGCAGCAUCACCUAG